AUGGCUGGAAAUGAGUGGAUAAAUGGAUACUUAGAAGCAAUAUUAGAUAGUGGAGGAGGAGCAAGUGCAAUUGAAGAACACAAGCCAGCACCAACAGUGAAUUUAAGAGAAACAGGGCAUUUUAAUCCAACAAAGUAUUUUGUUGAGGAGGUUGUUACAGGAGUUGAUGAGACUGAUUUGCAUAGAACAUGGAUAAAAGUUGUUGCCACUCGCAACACCAGGGAACGCAGCUCCAGGCUCGAAAACAUGUGUUGGCGUAUUUGGCACCUCACUCGCAAGAAGAAGCAGUUGGACUGGGAGGAACUACAGCGGUUGGCGAAUCGGAGAUGGGAACGGGAACAAGGACGCCGGGAUGCAACCGAAGACAUGUCUGAGGACUUAUCAGAAGGAGAAAAGGGCGAUGGUUUGGGAGAGCUGGUGCAAAGCGAGACGCCAAGGAAAACGUUUCAGAGAAACCUUUCCAACUUGGAAGUGUGGUCGGACGAUAAGAAGGAAAAGAAACUCUACAUAGUCCUUAUCAGUUUACAUGGUUUGGUCCGAGGAGACAAUAUGGAGCUCGGUCGAGAUUCUGACACUGGUGGACAGGUCAAAUAUGUGGUGGAACUUGCUCGUGCACUUGCUAGGAUGCCUGGAGUGUACAGGGUAGAUCUUUUUACUCGACAGGUCUCCUCUCCUGAAGUUGAUUGGAGCUAUGGAGAACCAACAGAGAUGCUAACCUCAGGCCCUGAAGAUUACGAUGGCAACGAGGUGGGAGAGAGCAGUGGAGCAUAUAUUGUCAGGAUUCCCUUUGGUCCACGCGAUAAGUAUCUCCAUAAAGAGUUACUUUGGCCUUAUAUUCAAGAGUUUGUCGAUGGAGCUCUUAGUCACAUUCUUAACAUGUCAAAAGCUCUGGGUGAGCAAAUUGGAGAGGGCCAGCCUGUGUGGCCAUAUGUUAUCCAUGGCCAUUACGCUGAUGCUGGUGAUAGUGCUGCUUUGUUGUCGGGUGCUUUGAACGUUCCUAUGGUUUUAACUGGACACUCUCUUGGGAGAAACAAACUGGAACAGCUUCUUAAGCAGGGACGACAAUCGAAGGAGGAUAUCAAUUCAACAUAUAAAAUAAUGAGGAGGAUAGAAGGAGAAGAGCUUUCACUUGACGCUGCAGAACUUGUAAUCACAAGUACUAAACAAGAGAUUGAUGAGCAAUGGGGACUUUAUGAUGGGUUUGAUGUCAAGCUUGAGAAAGUUCUGCGUGCUCGUGCUAGACGUGGGGUCAAUUGCCAUGGCCGUUACAUGCCCAGGAUGGUGGUUAUUCCUCCUGGCAUGGACUUCAGCAGUGUUGUGGUUCAAGAAGAUGCUCCUGAGGUCGAUGGGGAACUUGCAUCCCUCACCGGCGGUGUUGACGGUUCUUCCCCAAAAGCAAUUCCACCAAUAUGGUCUGAAAUCAUGCGGUUCCUUACAAAUCCCCAUAAGCCUAUGAUUUUGGCCUUAUCGAGGCCUGAUCCAAAGAAGAAUAUUACAACACUUUUGAAAGCCUUUGGGGAGUGUCGUCCGUUAAGAGAGCUUGCCAAUCUUACCCUGAUAAUGGGAAACAGAGAUGAUAUAGAAGAGAUGACUGGUGGAAACGCGAGUGUGCUCACAACAGUGUUGAAGAUGAUUGACAAGUAUGAUCUUUAUGGGCUGGUGGCAUAUCCAAAACAUCACAAGCAAGCUGACGUUCCUGAAAUAUAUCGGCUGGCUGGAAAAACAAAGGGGGUUUUCAUAAAUCCGGCGUUGGUCGAGCCUUUUGGGCUUACCUUGAUUGAGGCAGCAGCUCACGGGCUUCCAAUGGUGGCAACUAAAAAUGGCGGACCAGUUGACAUCCAUAGGGCUCUGAACAAUGGUCUGCUUGUUGACCCUCAUGAUCAGCAAGCUAUUGCUGAUGCAUUGCUUAAGUUGGUGUCAGAAAAGAACUUAUGGUCUGACUGCAGAAAGAAUGGCUGGAAGAAUAUACACCUAUACUCAUGGCCCGAACACUGCCGGACUUACUUGACGAGGGUAGCGGCCUGCCGGAUGAGGCACCCGCAAUGGCAAACUGAUACACCAGAGGAUGAGAUGGCUGCAGAUGAGUCGUCUCUCAAUGAUUCGCUCAAGGAUGUGCAGGAUAUGUCCCUUAGGCUGUCAAUCGAUGGAGACAAGCCUUCGCUGAAUGUAUCUCUUGACCAUGCAGCUGCAGCCUCUGGGGACCCUGCACUGCAAGAUCAAGUGCAACGGGUCCUAAGCAAGAUAAAGAAACCAGAAUCUAUGCCAGUAGUUCCUGAAGGUGGAAGGCAUGAGGCUGCUGUAAGCAAGUAUCCAAUGCUGAGGAAGCGGCGCAGAUUGAUUGUUAUAGCUCUCGACUGCUAUGAUAGCGAAGGGGUUCCUGAAAAGAAAAUGAUUCAGAUCGUGCAAGAUAUAAUUAAAGCUGUUCGGUCGGACUCGCUAUUUGCGAGAGUGGCAGGGCUUGCUCUAUCAACAGCUAUGUCACUAACAGAAACAACAGAGUUCUUGACAUCAGCAAAGAUUCACGUAAAUGAGUUUGAUGCAUUGAUUUGUAAUAGUGGAGGUGAAGUAUAUUACCCCGGUACUUGUACUCAGCUAGAUGGAAAGCUUGUUCGAGAUCCAGAUUACGCAGCACAUAUAGACUACCGUUGGGGUUGUGAUGGCCUGAAGAAAACCAUCUGGAAGCUGAUGAAUACAACUGAAGGAGGGAAACAAUCUGACGAGUCUUCCAGCCCCAUCGAGGAAGAUAAAAAAUCAAGCAAUGCUCAUUGCAUUGCAUACUUCGUAAAGGAUCGCAGUAAGGUCAAGAGAGUGGAUGAUUUGAGGCAGAAGCUUAGGAUGCGGGGUCUCCGUUGCCAUCCAAUGUAUUGCAGGAACUCAACAAGAUUGCAAAUUAUUCCUCUCCUUGCAUCUCGCGCACAAGCACUCAGGUACCUUUUCGUCCGUUGGAGAUUGAACGUUGCAAAUAUGUUUGUAAUUCUUGGCGAAAGUGGAGAUACCGAUUAUGAGGAAAUGAUAUCUGGCACUCAUAAGACGAUAAUACUGAAAGAUGUGGUGACAAAGGGUUCUGAAGACUUGCUAAGAACCACAGACCUAAGAGAUGACAUUGUUCCUAGGGAGAGUCCCCUGAUUGCUUAUUUGAGUGGAAAAGCAACGGCUAGCGAGAUCGCUGGUGUUCUGAAGCAAGUGUCGAAAGCUGCUGCUUGA